CCUCGGAGUCACGAGUCGGGUGUCAAAAGAUCAAGUGCCGCACACAACGUCGGUGAGAAGUCUUGAGUGCGUGACAUGUCCCGGCCUUGAAACCACUACCUUCACACUUCUUCUUGCCUCUCAUGUGUUCGACGAAUGGCCUCUUUCGCAAUCUCUCAAAAUCUAUCAACUCACUCCGGCUCCUCCCCAACAUCUGGCUCCACCUCCAUCUCUCCUGUUCUCCAUCGCCGGAAUCCGACUCAGAUGGCGCCGGUGCUGCCGCGAACCAACUUGAGUCAUGCGCCGACCCUUCCUUGCUAAUCCGACUCCAUUCCCAGAUGCUCCGCAACCACUUCCUCCGUUCGCCUUUCCACUGGAACGCCCUCAUCCGCGCCUACCUCCGCCUCGCCUCUCCCCGUGCCGCCCUCCUCCUCUUCAUCCAAAUGUCACGCUCCGGCGCCUCCCCGGACUCCUACACCCUCCCCAUCAUCUUCAAAGCCAUAUCCCAUUCCUUCAUGCUCGUCACCGGCCGGCAGCUCCAUUCCCUCUCGAUCAAGCACGGUCUCGAGCUCAACGAGUACUGUAACAGCGGUCUCAUCAACAUCUAUGCAAAAGCUGGUGAGUUUGAUCACGCCCUCAAAGUGUUCGAUGAAAGUUCUGAGAGAAAACUCGGUUCUUGGAAUGCCAUCAUUAAUGGUCUCGCACAAGGAGGGCACUCAAAGGAAGCCAUACGUUUCUUUGUCCAGCUUCGGCGAAGUGGUCUAGUCCCGGAUGAUGUCACAAUGGUGAGUGUCGCCUCGGCGUGCGGCUCCUACGGCGACCUUAGCCUAGCACAACAAGUACACAAAUGCAUGCUCCAAGCUCAAAGCUUGGAGAGACUCAGCAUAAUGAGAUUGAAUUCACUGGUUGACAUGUACUCAAAGUGCGGCCGAACGGACCUAGCGCUCAAGGUGUUUGACAAAAUGCCCGGCCGAGAUGUAUCAUCCUGGACGUCAAUGAUCAUGGGAUUGGCAACACAAGGUGAAGCAAAACACGCACUGGACCACUUUGAUAGAAUGGUGCAAGAAGGUGUUCGGCCGAACCAGGUAACGUUCGUCGCCGUGCUGACAGCGUGCGCACACGCAGGCUUGGCCGAUGAGGCUGUGGGUUACUUUGAUGCAAUGAGGGGGAGGUAUGGAAUUGAGCCAAUGGUGGCGCAUUAUGGGUGCAUGGUGGAUGUGUUGGGGAGAGUGGGGAGGGUGGAAGAGGCGAAGAAGAUGGUGGAAGGAAUGCCGAUGAGGGGGAAUGCGGUGAUAUGGGGGACGAUGUUGGGGGCGUGUGAGAGGUAUGGGAAGGUGGAGAUUGGGGAGUGGGUGGCCGGGAAGUUGCUGGAGUUGGAGCCAUGGAACGAUGGAGUGUAUGUCGUUUUGUCGAACAUCUAUGCUGCAUGUGGGAUGUGGGCGGAGGUGGAGAGAGUGCGGAGGUUGAUGUGGGAGAGGAGAGUCGUUAAGACUCCAGGGUUUAGCGCGGCAACUAAUUCAAAUUAAUUGGAGGGGGUUUUCUGAAAUUGGGGUGUUUUCGCAAAAACAAAGCCAUUGAUUGGGAGUGAUUAAAAGGCUAGAGUUAGGGUUUCGAUUUGGUGGGAAAUCCAAAAAACAAAACCCCCUUUUGAAUCCAUCUCUGGAAUUCCCAAAGCAACGUGA